UCUCGCAACACAACUCCCACUCCCGUUCCUCGACUCUCUCACACGCCUGCGGCUGCUACCCCUCACACACACACCAACUCACACCGCACCACCGGCGACGUCGUCCCAACACGCACACAACCCCCACCAUGUCGCGGCGGCCCAAUCCCGCGGCUGAUCGCGCAGAGCAGAACCGCACCACGCUCAAGAACCUCGUCAAGCUCGAAGGCAACAAGACAUGUUCCGACUGCAAGCGGAACAAGCACCCCCGCUGGGCCAGCUGGAACCUGGGCGUCUUCAUAUGCAUCCGCUGCUCGGGCAUCCACCGCGGCAUGGGCACCCACAUCAGCCGCGUCAAGUCGGUCGACCUCGACACGUGGACCGACGAGCAGCUGCAGAGCGUGCUUCGCUGGGGAAACGCCCGCGCCAACAAGUACUGGGAGGCCAAGCUGGCGCCGGGCCAUGUCCCGUCCGAGGCCAAGAUCGAGAACUUUAUCCGCACAAAGUACGAGAGCAAGCGCUGGGUCAUGGACGGGCCGCUGCCUGACCCCUCGACACUGGAUGUGGAUGACGACGAUAUGCCGUUGAAGAAGGUGCAGGAGAAGGUGCAGCUGGAGCGCUCGACGUCGCAACGCCUGGCGGGCGGUUCCACCCAACUCCCUCCCCCGCAAGCCAGGCAGCAGCCGGUUAUCGACCUCUUCGGCGACGAGACGCCUGCCCCGCCCCGACCAAACACACAGCCGCCCGUGGGAGUACGAUCCACACCGUCCAGGGCAGAAGCAGCACCCCCCAAGCCGACAAACUCGGCGUUGCUGGGCAUGGACUUUCUCGGUGGUGCCUCCUCGCAGCCUGCACGCCCCGCCAGCACAGGGCCCGCCUCGGCCGCGUCGUCGAGACCAGACCUCAAGCAGUCUAUCCUCUCGCUGUACGCCUCUGCACCCAAACCAGCACAGCCCCAGCAGCAACAACACGCCCGACAGGAGUCUUUUGGCAGUCUCGCGCAGACGUCGCCCCAACAAUCCUCCUUUGGCGGCAUGAACGACGCUUUUAGCAGUCUAUCCUUCGCCGCCCAACCCGCAGCGAAGCCCUCACCCUUCUCCGGCCUCGACAGCUUCUCGAGCACAAAAUCCCCCUCCACGACAUCGUCCUCGAACAUGUUCGGCGGCGGAGGAAACUUUUUCGACGCAAAGCCCAAGUCGCCCCCCGCCACGCAGACCCGGACCAUGAGCCCAGGGAACUUCUCGGCCUUCUCCACCCCCGCGCCAUCCAAGCCAGCGGCGGCCCCUGUCUCCAACAUGAUGAACGACCUCCUCGACUUGUCCAUGGCCGCACCCCCCGCGCAAAGUGCUGCGGCUUUCAACCUUUCGCCAGCUGCCCCGACGCCCGCCCCGGCCCCCGCUCCAGCGCCCUCCGGUUUCUCCAACUUCUCCAGCAUGGACGCUUGGGGUAGUAGCAGUAAUGAUGUCUGGGGCUCGUCGGCGCCCGCCCAGCCCGCUCACUCAACGAACACAACUAACACCGUGCAUGCAGCGCCCAAGAGCCCGGGCUGGGGCGCUCCGGCGGUUGCGCAGGAUGAUGACUUUGGGGGGUGGAGUAGCGCCGCGCCGACUCAUGGCAAUACUUCGACGGCGACGGGGGGGAAUGCUGGGGCGGCGGGUAAGAGUGGGGGGUUUGGAGGCGGGGAUGAUUUGUUCUCGAAUGUUUGGGAGUAG